UUUUUUUUUUUGUCUUUUAUUCUCUUCUUUUAUUAUUAUAUUACCCAGUCCCUUCCUUUUUUUUAAUUUAUCUAUUUAUUUAAUUGUUAUUGUGGUAUAAUAUCAGUAUUAUUAUUCUUCUUAUUCUUCUUCUUAUUGUUAUUAAUCUCCUGAAGAAACUAUAUCAUCCGAUUCACUCAUGACACAAUCUUCUCCACCUUGUCAGACCAUGGUAGAUGGCAGUGAUGAAGGUGAUGAUCAACAGUACAACGAUGAAACGAUAUUAUCUUGUGUCCAAUGUCAUAAACCAGCCACUUUCAUGUGUUCGUCCUGUGGAUUAAUAGGUCCCCGUUACUGCUCACCACAAUGUCAAAAACAAGAUUGGAAAACUACUCAUUAUAAGACUUGCAAAAGCAUCUCGGCACGAUUAUCCCAAUCUAUACCAUCAAACACAGAACUAAUUACUACCACUACCACUACUAUGAUGGAUCAGCAUUCAACAGCAACAACCAAUCCCUUUCAAGAUCAAGGAACCAUGAUAGAUUCAGAUAUUCCCAUGCAAGAUAUGAAUCCACAACAACAACAGCAAGGCGAAAAUAUUACGAACGAUACGGAAGAAUUUGCUGACAAUCUCAAGUUUUAUAUGCAACAAAUCUAUUUGAUUAUCAAACCUGUAGUUGUAUGUAUUGUCCUUAGUAUUUUUUGGGUCAAGGUUGGAUUUAAUGAUCAAAGUGACUAUAGUCCAACACGACCGACUUACAAUGUACUCUCUUCAAACAAUGCGGCAUCGUCCAAUAGUGGUGGUGGAAGUAGUAAUAGUGGUUCGGUAGGAUUAUCAUCUUUAGCAAAUGCAGCCAUUAUCAUUGGUCAAAUCAUCCUGGUCACAAUCAUCAUUGUAUUUUUCUUUCGAAAAGGUUGGAUCAAGGUAAGGAAUUAAAUACUAAACAUCCUUUUUUUUUCUGACAAAUUAUUUUUCUUGUUUCUUGAUAGCCACUUGUUGUAUUCUUUAUGCUUGUCGUGAUGCUCUUAUUG